AGGUUCCCAAACCACAACCGCCUCUGGGUCCCAGAAAAAAGUGAAGAGAACCCUGCCAAAUCCCCCUCCUGAGGAGGCGUCCUCUGGAACACAGCCGACCUACGGCACAAUGGGCACUGCGUCCAGGAGAAGAAUGUGCAGAACCAAUACCAUGGCUCGAGCCAAGAUUCUCCAGGACAUAGACCGAGAGCUUGACCUCGUGGAAAGGGAGUCUGCCAAGCUUAGAAAGAAGCAAGCAGAACUUGAUGAAGAAGAAAAGGAGAUUGAUGCCAAGCUGCGGUAUCUGGAAAUGGGAAUCAACAGGAGAAAAGAAGCAUUACUGAAGGAGAGAGAAAAGAGAGAGCGUGCUUACCUGCAGGGGGUAGCUGAGGACCGCGAUUACAUGUCUGACAGUGAGGUCAGCAGCACCAGACCAAGCCGAAUAGAAAGUCAGCACGGCAUUGAGCGACCAAGGACAGCUCCCCAAACUGAAUUCAGCCAGUUCAUACCACCACAAACGCAAACUGAAGCUCAGCUGGUUCCUCCAACCAGUCCUUACACACAAUACCAGUACUCAUCGCCUGCUCUUCCCACCCAAGCACCCACCCCGUAUACUCAACAAUCUCAUUUCCAACAGCAGACGUUGUACCAUCAGCAAGUCUCACCUUACCAGACUCAACCAACCUUCCAAGCGGUGGCAACCAUGUCCUUCACACCUCAAGCUCAACCUACUCCGAGCCCACAAACAUCGUAUCAAUUACCAUCACAGAUGAUGGUAAUACAACAGAAGCCUCGGCAAACAACACUGUAUUUGGAACCCAAGAUAACUUCCAACUAUGAAGUGAUUCGCAACCAACCCCUGAUGAUCGCUCCUGUUUCUUCUGAUAAUACGUAUGCUGUCUCCCAUCUCGGGAGCAAGUACAAUAGUUUGGAUUUGAGAAUAGGUUUGGAGGAAAGAAGCAGCAUGGUGAGCAGUCCAAUAUCAAGCAUAUCUGCAGACUCUUUCUAUGCAGACAUCGACCACCACACUUCAAGGAAUUAUGUCCUAAUAGAUGACAUUGGAGAGAUCACCAAAGGGACAGCAGCACUGAGCACAGCAUUUAGUCUUCAUGAAAAGGAUCUGUCCAAAACAGACCGUCUCCUUAGAACCACGGAGACACGGAGGUCUCAGGAAGUGACAGAUUUCCUAGCACCUUUGCAGACUUCCUCAAGACUGCAUAGCUACGUGAAAGCGGAGGAGGACUCGAUGGAGGACCCGUAUGAGUUAAAGCUUCUGAAACAGCAGAUUAAGCAGGAAUUUCGUAGAGGGACGGAGAGCCUAGAUCACCUUGCUGGUCUUUCACAUUAUUACCAUGCUGAUACUAGCUAUAGACACUUUCCCAAGUCUGAGAAGUAUAGCAUCAGUAGACUCACCCUUGAAAAGCAAGCAGCCAAACAAUUACCAGCAGCCAUACUUUACCAAAAGCAAUCAAAGCAUAAGAAAUCAUUAAUUGACCCUAAAAUGUCAAAGUUUUCACCUAUUCAAGAAAGUAGAGACCUUGAACCAGAUUAUCCAAGUUAUAUGAGUUCCAGCACUUCAUCUAUUGGUGGCAUUUCUUCUAGGGCAAGGCUUCUUCAAGAUGAUAUAACAUUUGGCCUCAGAAAAAAUAUUACAGAUCAACAAAAAUUUAUGGGCUCAUCACUUGGGUCAGGACUAGGCACAUUAGGAAAUACCAUCAGGUCAGCACUCCAGGAUGAAGCAGAUAAGCCAUACAGCAGCGGGAGCAGGUCCAGACCUUCCUCUAGACCUUCAUCUGUCUAUGGGCUUGAUUUAUCCAUUAAGAGGGAAUCUUCCAGCUCAUCGCUAAGACUGAAAGCUCAAGAGGCUGAAGCUCUUGAUGUCUCCUUUGGCCAUUCAUCAUCUUCUUCCAGAACUAAGCCCACCAGCUUACCAAUCAGCCAAAGUAGAGGAAGAAUACCAAUUGUGGCCCAGAAUUCAGAAGAAGAAAGUCCACUCAGUCCUGUUGGCCAACCAAUGGGAAUGGCCAGGGCUGCAGCUGGACCUUUGCCCCCCAUAUCUGCAGACACAAGGGAUCAGUUUGGAUCAAGUCACUCAUUGCCCGAAGUUCAGCAACACAUGAGAGAAGAGUCACGGACACGGGGGUAUGACCGUGACAUAGCAUUCAUCAUGGAUGACUUCCAACAUGCUAUGUCUGACAGUGAAGUUGCGGUUGCAAUGUAUGAUGUUUCCUUGGUCUCCAAAGCCUAUCACUUACGUCGGGAGGAAACGGAUUGGUUUGAUAAACCCAGGGAGUCUCGGUUGGAAAAUGGCCAUGGUCUGGACCGGAAACUGCCAGAAAGAUUGGUUCACUCUAGACCCCUCAGUCAACAUCAAGAGCAAAUUCUGCAGAUGAAUGGCAAGACAAUGCACUACAUCUUUCCUCAUGCAAGGAUAAAAAUAACCAGAGACUCUAAGGACCACACAGUUUCAGGUAACGGGCUAGGAAUUAGAAUUGUUGGUGGUAAAGAAAUCCCUGGACAUAGUGGAGAAAUUGGAGCCUAUAUUGCUAAGAUUCUUCCUGGUGGAAGUGCAGAACACACGGGGAAACUUGUAGAAGGGAUGCAAGUGUUGGAAUGGAAUGGGAUCCCCUUAACUUCUAAAACAUAUGAAGAAGUACAGAGCAUCAUUAACCAGCAAAGUGGGGAAGCAGAAAUAUGUGUAAGACUGGACCUCAAUAUGUUGUCAGAUUCUGAAAAUCCCCAGCACCUGGAACUUCAUGAGCCACCAAAAGCUGUGGAUAAGGCAAAAUCCCCAGGGGUUGAUCCCAAGCAGUUGGCGGCCGAGCUGCAGAAGGUCUCACUCCAGCAGUCACCGCUGGUCAUGUCGUCAGUCGUGGAGAAAGGAUCUCAUGCUCACUCAGGUCCCACAUCAGCAGGAUCCAGUUCUGUUCCCAGCCCUGGGCAGCCAGGAUCACCCUCUGUGAGCAAAAAGAAGCAUGGCAGCAGCAAGCCGACUGAUGCAGCAAAGGUUGCCUCUCAUCCAAUUACAGGAGAAAUUCAGCUUCAAAUCAACUAUGAUCUUGGAAAUCUUAUAAUACAUAUUCUUCAAGCAAGAAAUCUUGUCCCUAGAGACAACAAUGGCUACUCUGACCCUUUUGUUAAGGUGUACCUACUUCCGGGGCGAGGUGCUGAGCACAAGAGAAGAACUAAAUAUGUCCAGAAAAGUCUUAAUCCUGAAUGGAAUCAGACAGUAAUUUAUAAAAGUAUUUCCAUGGAGCAGCUCAUGAAGAAGACAUUGGAGGUGACAGUUUGGGAUUAUGAUAGAUUCUCUUCCAACGACUUCCUUGGAGAGGUAUUGAUUGAUCUAUCUAGCACAUCUUACCUGGACAACACUCCUCGGUGGUACCCGCUGAAAGAACAGACCGAGAGCAUUGACCAUGGCAAGUCUCACUCCAGUCAAAACAGCCAGCAGUCCCCAAAGCCCUCUGUCAUCAAAAGCAGAAGCCAUGGCAUCUUCCCUGACCCAUCCAAGGACAUGCAAGUUCCCACCAUUGAGAAAUCCCACAGUAGUCCUGGUAGCUCAAAAUCAUCAUCAGAAGGCCAUCUCCGAUCUCAUGGACCAUCACGCAGUCAAAGCAAAACCAGUGUCACUCAAACCCACCUGGAAGAUGCAGGGGCUGCCAUAGCUGCGGCCGAAGCCGCCGUGCAACAACUCCGCAUUCAACCAAGUAAAAGACGCAAAUAAAUUCCUCAGCAUGGCAGCUUAAUGUUCAUCUGUUGCCUCUCUCUCCUGCUGUCUUUCCCUGUUUGCUUUCUGUUUUUUGGCAUCCCCUGCUCACUCUGUUCUCUGUCCUUUUGUCUGUGUAAGAACAGUAUCAAUACAUAAAUAUGCUCUUCCGCCUUUCGUUUUUCUUUUUCUUUUGAUUUACAUAGACAAAUAAAACUGGCUGUUUCUCCUUUGUUCCCACUAUCCAUCCAACCUGGCUCAUAGUAUUUGGUAAUCAUGUCUGUGAGUUUGCAGGCACAGCAGUGUUGUGUGUGUGUGUUUGUGUGCACUUCCUUCUCCUUUAGAAUACAUGAACUACAAGCACAAGCGACUGCCAGUUUCCUAGCAUUAUCCCCACAAGAGCAAGCACAGGACACACACACACACACACACACACACACACACACACACACACACACACACAAGUCAGGUUAGCAAUGAGAUACUUGGACCUGAAAACACUCAACAUUUAAGCAGAUGCUUAGUGAGACCAAUAGUCACAUUCCAGAACCUAGGUAAAAAGCCAUUUGAAACAAUGUUUAAAAACAGGAUGCAUGGGAAAAGAAGCUAAAGUAUGAACCUCAAAGUCUCCUGAGGAAUCUGCAGAAAUUCGUGUUCUCAAAAAUACAUACUUUUCCUAUGCAUAUAAGCUUAAGUGAUGAGGCAAUGUAAUCUCAUUAAGGGGCACAAUCUGGUCCAUUCUGUUGGAUCACACUUUGUACAGAAUAACAGAAUUUACAGAUUAUUUUUUUUCCUAAUCAGUGGACUGUUUUAAAAGUCAAGAAGUGCCAUGUCUAGUAGUUAGUCCAUUAAAGUCUAGCCAUUCACUCAUCUUUAAUUGAUGAGUUUUCACUUGUGAUAUUUUCUGAUACAAUUCUAUAAAAGUCUGAGUGCAGAUGUUUCCUGGCUAUAGAUACACUGUCCCUUCCGAGCAGCAUCAGCCAGGGCAUGGAAGUAGCUUCUUCUUUUCCUCCUCUCUCUGGUCAUCAUUUCCAAGGAAACAGCCAGUUUUAAUCCCCUUCAGUGCUGUGCAUGUGGUGUCGUUUUGGCAUUUGAAAACACGGUUUCAGCAGAACAAAAGCACACUUCUGUUUGCAUGAAUAACAUCGAAGCUGGUUCCAUCUGAGGAUACACUCUGGGUUUCCAUUUCACCCACACUGCCACAGCAGCACAUAAAAGCGGUCAGUGUAAUCAUGCCAGGAAGCAGCACAGACACAGCAUAGCAGGUGUCCUCCCCAUUCAAAGAACUCAGUCUGAUACUCUGCCUCCACCAGCCAAUGGCAACCAAGACCAAAGCCAGCUAGCCCUCAGGAAGGUGAUGUCCGAUGGACCAGUCAAACCAGAAGGAGGUGAGCAGAAAGGCCCUGUUCAAAGCACACAGCCAGACUGUCCCCCAAAUUUAAAGCUCUCAUCCUUAAUUUUUAGGGAUUGUCUAAUGAAAUAUGUUUAUCCCCUUUUUAAUGUGCUUUUGUGGGCAUGGCAUUUUAGGAUUUCAUCAUCACCAUGUAAGUCCCAAGAUCAGUCUCAUAAUAUAUUGACUACAGUGAUUUGUAUUUUUCUAUGCACUGGGCGUCUUUUGACUUUUGUUGGAAAAUAGUUUAACAGUAUUCAUAUUGCAGAAUGGAAUGCAUGCAACUAACCUAAUCUGUUCAAGCAUGACUAUAAAAUAUGUUGCAUUGUGAUAAAAGUUUACAUUGCUCACAAUUCAAGUUAGCAUACCAGUUGGAAUGUAGAUACAGUUUUUGUUGCGUAUAUUUGACGUGUAACUUUUGGAAAUGCUUGGAGGAAAGCAAAGGAAAAAUUGUUAAUGCACUCAUUCACCACGGCACAGAGGAAGUUCUCUCCUGAGCCUACAAGCAGACAUCUGUGCGUGUUUCCUUAGCUGUUAAGUGUACCAGCUGUGUUGGGCAUGUGAAUAUCCAAGUGCCUGUGUAAUAAAUAAAGUAUCUUUAUUUCAUUCAUAAA